AUGGGAGGCGGUGGGAUUGCCCGAUCCCUGCCCUGGCGGAGGGGAAACGCUCUGCUGCUGCCUCUGCUGCUGCUGGGUGCCCAGGGCCAGGGCAGCACGCCUAGCCCCAGGUGUGACUGUGCUCGUGACUUCCAGAAGAAUGGUCUGUUGUGUUGCAGGGGCUGUCCAGCAGGGCACUACCUGAAGGACCCCUGCUGGAAGCCCUGUGGCGACUCCACUUGCCUUCCCUGCCCCCAGGGCACCUUCUUGUCUUGGGAGAACCACCAUGAGAGACACUGUAUCCGCUGCCAGGCCUGUGAUGAGCAGGCCUCACAGGUAGCCCUGCAGAACUGCUCCACAGUGACGGAUACCCGCUGCGGCUGUGAGCCUGGCAGGUUUGCUGAGUGCUCAUUCAGACAGUGUGUUGCCAGUUCACCCUUCCGCUGCCGCCCUUGCUCAGAUUGUGGGGCCCUGCACCGCCACACACAGCUGCCCUGUUCUGACAGAGAUGCUGCCUGUGGGACCUGCCUGCCUGGCUUCUAUGAACAUGGUGGCGGCUGCGUGUCCUGCCCCACGAGUACCCUUGGGAGCUGUCCUGAGCCCUGUGUUGCUGUCUGUGGCUGGAGGCAGAUGUUCUGGGUCCAGGUACUCCUGGCUGGCCUGUUGGUCCUACUCCUGCUGGGGGCCACCCUGACCUAUGCUUACUGCUGCUGUCAGCCUCAGAAGCCCAUGGUUCCUGUGGAUGAAGCUGAAAUGGAGGCCUUGACCCCACCACCGGCCACCCACCUCUCACUCUCGGACGGCACCCACACCUUUCUGGUGCCCCCCAGCAGCAGUGAGAAGGUCUGCACUGUCCAGUUGGUAGGCAAUAACUGGACCCCUGACUCCACCCAGACCCAGGAGGCACCCUGCCCGCAGGUGGCUUGGUCCUGGGACCAGCUGCCCAGCAGAGCUCUUGGCCCGCCCCCUGAGUCCGCGCUUUCGCCAGCGCCCCCUGCAGGCUCGCCCGCCGCCGCCCUCCAGCCGGGCCCGCAGCUCUACGACGUGAUGGACGCGGUCCCCGCACGGCGCUGGAAGGAGUUCGUGCGCACGCUGGGGCUGCGCGAGGCGGAUAUCGAGGCCGUGGAGGUGGAGAUCGGCCGCUUCCGCGACCAGCAGUACGAGAUGCUCAAGCGCUGGCGCCAGCAGCAGCCCGCGGGCCUGGGCGCCGUCUAUGCGGCUCUGGAGCGCAUGGGUCUGGACGGCUGCGCCGAAGACCUGCGCAGCCGCCUGCAGCGCGGCCCGUGA